CCUUAAAGAAACGCUAGUACCUCUACGAGUCGGGGAGCUGCGCCUUAGUCCCGAGGAGACCCCAUUUUCGAUUGCACUGAACUCUCAGUCAGCAGCAUCCAAUACUCAGGGGUAACGGAAGGAACACAAGCCCCUAAUAAAUUGCCGUUCCCCGUCAGCCACCCUCCCCUGAUUCUCUCCUUAGUGCCGGCCACCUCGCUUUGUCUUUGUGUCUGUACGUAGCACUGAGGUGAGCUGAGUGGGGGGUGAGACGGCAGCCUGACCAUGCCCAGCUCGCUCUUUGCAGACAUGGAGAGGAAUGGGAGCGGAGGAGGAGGAGGCGAGACCCUGGAUGACCAGCGGGCCCUCCAAAUUGCCCUCGACCAGCUCUCGCUUCUGGGACUGGACAAUGACGAGAGCGCCAUGUACGACAACGAGCCGCGGAAGAAAAGCAUCAACAUGACGGAAUGUGUGCAGGUUCCCAGCUCGGAGCAUGUGGCGGAGAUCGUCGGCAGACAAGGCUGCAAGAUCAAAGCUCUGCGGGCCAAGACCAACACAUACAUCAAGACCCCGGUGCGCGGGGAGGAGCCAGUCUUUGUUGUGACUGGGAGGAAAGAAGAUGUGGCCUUGGCCCGAAGAGAGAUCAUCUCAGCUGCUGAGCACUUCUCAAUGAUCCGAGCCUCUCGCAACAAGAACGCGGCGGCGCUGAACGGGGGCUCGGUGCCCGCCCCUCCAAAUCUUCCCGGGCAGACCACCAUCCAGGUGCGGGUUCCUUAUCGAGUGGUGGGGCUGGUGGUGGGACCCAAAGGCGCUACCAUUAAGCGGAUCCAGCAGCAGACCCACACGUACAUCGUGACCCCGAGCAGGGACAAGGAGCCUGUGUUCGAGGUGACAGGAAUGCCAGAGAAUGUGGACCGAGCCCGGGAGGAGAUUGAGGCUCAUAUCGCUGUGCGCACGGGCGGACUCAUUGAGGUGGCGGAUGAGAAUGAUUUCCACGCCAAUGGCACUGAUGUGGGCUUUGAUUUGCACGGCAGCCUGUGGAGCAAAUCCAACCAAAGCUCAGGCAGCCGCAAGGCUUUAUCUAACUAUCGCAAUGACAGCUCCAGCUCCCUGGGCAGCGCCUCCACCGACUCUUACUUUGGGGGCACCAGGAUGGCAGAUUACAGCCCGCCCAGCCCCGACCUCAGCUACACCAACAAUAACAAUAAUAACAACGGCAAUGGAUAUGUGUACAGCACCGGCAUCUCCCCCGACUGCACUGACCUGGCCUUUGAGUCCGGAUUUGACCCUGCCCCUGCCCCGCCGCCUUCUGCCUAUACCUGGUCCCAACUGGAGCGCAGCACUGGCAGUGCCCCCUACCAUAACAAUGCCAACGGGAUCCUGCUCAAUCAGAGGAGGCUCAAUGGAGUGGGCUGCACCACUGCCCCCAGGCUCUCGCCACCCCUGCACACAUGCAAUGGACUGUCCGAGCAUCCGUUAGCACGCCGGGUGCGCAGUGACCCUGGGGGUGGUUUGAGCUACUCUGCUUACAGCAACAUGGCCUGCGACUCCUCUUCAUCAUCGUCCUCUUCCUCCAGCAGCAGCAGCAGCUCUUCCUCCUCCAGCUCGUCUUCCUCUUCAUCCGGCAUGAGGAGAAAGGGCAGCCGUGAAUGCUCCAUCUGCUUUGAGAGUGAGGUGAUCGCUGCCUUGGUCCCUUGUGGGCACAACCUGUUCUGCAUGGAGUGUGCCAACCGCAUCUGUGAGAAGAACCAGCCCCAGUGCCCAGUGUGCCAUGCAGGGGUCACCCAGGCCAUCCGCAUCUUCUCCUAAAUCCUUCCCUCCAUCUCCAGGAAACGGGCCAGUGAGCAGCUACAUUCCCACUUGUAUGGUGCCAUACACCUGUGUAUAUACCCUACACGGAUCCUUUAAUAUAUUAAUAUAUUGUAAUAUAUUAAUAUUCAGAUAAUAUAUAUAUUUAGAUUUGUGUUUUUAUUUCUUAUUCUGUGUCCAUCAAUGCUGUACCACCCUGGUUAUUACUUGCUUAAAUCUAUUUAAUACCUUCUAGCAUAACUUAAUGCCAUGCUAUUAUUUCUUAAAGGGGCAGGGGAUGUUGAGGCGCAAAUGUCUCUGUAACUUCAUGUGAGCUGAUGCCCUCCUGCUCUUGAACUACUGCUCCCACUGCCCCUAGGGUUGUUGGAAUGUGGUUAGUUCUAGUACAACAGCAGCAGGGCCAGGGGUUCAGUUAUACACUAAUUCAUGUUAUUGCCUUUAUCAGAUGGUUAUCAUGGAAUGGGCAAAAGGAAUGCCCAGCCUGUUACCCUCCUGCAGCCGUUGAGUUAUGUCACCCAGCAUCACUUUCCCCUCAUGUUACAGCUUCAUCUCAAUUACCAAAUACUGUCUGGGACAGUUAAAGGGUCCCAAGCUAGAAUUCCUCUCUGUAGUGAUCUGCUUUGGCAAAAUGUGGUGCAGGCACUUGAUUUAAGUACCCGCCUCCUUUAUUGUUGUACCCACCCCCCAGCGUCAUUAUGUAAAUAGCUUACAGCGCCACUUUCAAAUGCGCCUUUUUCUAGAAGCAAUAUUCAUUUGCACAUCUGCUCUUCUGCGUUUGUUACAUUGAGAUCACUGGGUCUUCCUUGGCAUCCAAACAGGACAUAUUGCUACAUGGCUAUUUAACCCUUUAUAGCUGGUGGGUGGUCACCUAGGCAUUCAUUGGAUUAUAAGCACCCCCAUUUGCCUUGAAGCGGCUAAAUAAUGAUGUUGGGACAUCGGAUCUCACAGAUUUUAUUAUUUUCUUUUUUUGGGGAAAAAACAUACUUUGGCAAGUGGGAAUGUGGCUACAAAGCUGCAGUAUCUGCACGUUAAUGAUUAUUAUUUCAUCCCUUCUUAAUGGAAAUUGCAGGCUACUUUUCCAUAAUCACAUAUAUCGUAAGCUUGGGGAGAAUAUAAGUGACAUUUAUUGCAUGCUCUUAAUACGAACAACAACAUCCUGGUUGCAGAAGCAUUUGUUUCACUCUGCACUUGAUGUUAUCGUUCCUUUUAAUCCGAUUAAGUACUUCUGAUAGCAGGCUUCUAGCAUACAAUAUGUGCCCCUCUUAGCUAGUCACUGGCCAAAUGCUUAUGAGAAGCGGAGAGAUACUUUUAUGACGAUACACGGCUAAUAUUGCUUUUUUUUUCCCCUGACCUUUUCCAGUGAAAAAAAAAAA